GUAAAUUGAUUCUCUCUGUCUGUCUUCCAUAUCCAAAAAAAAAAAAAAAAACACACCUUAUUCUUUCCUUUAAGACUUUAAUUUCAUUGCCUCCUUCCUUGCUCCCUUUAAUUUCCAACUUUUUCCCAUAUUUCACCUUAUUUCUUUUUUUUUUAAGCCUAACUUUAAAAUCCCCCUCCACCCCAAAAGUGUGUUUUGACCGUUGCUUUUAUGAUUUAUCUCCACAUUAACGUGUCCCUCUCUUUCUCUCUCACACAGUCACACAGUGACACCCACUGAAUACAACAUUACAAUCUGCUCUGCUCCUCCUCCUCACUUCAUCUCUUUCACAUUAAUUCUAGUCUUCUUCAUUCACUUUCUCCCGGUGUUUUUUUUUUUUUUUUAAUAAAAAAAUUUCUUGUUAAAGUUAAAACUCCUGUCUGAAAAGAAUACAUUUGACGGGAAUAAGUUAUUUUCGCAUUGCACUUUUUGGAUGCAAUUGUAGAUUUGCAAGCAUCAAAGAAGCUUCCGCUGAGGUUAACCUUCGAGUGGUUUGGGCGAAUUUCGAGUGGUUUCAGGCAGAAUUGAAACGAAAUUCUGUACACCGGAGAGCUUCACUGACUGGGUAAGUCUCGAAUUUCCUCUGUAAUUCUCUUCUUUUCCUCUGUUUCUUCAGCAAAAAACUUUGUGCUGUUUAUCGAGAACCUUUAUUUAUUUAUUUUGAUUUGGGAUUUUUUUAUUUUGUGCUGUGUAUUUUGUUUCGUUUUGCUAAAUGGGAUCAAUUCUGUGGCAUUUUCAGUCUUCUAACUGUUUUUUUCUGGAAUUGACUUGGUACUGUGGUGUCUGUAUUCGGAGAUAUUAUCUGUCAAUAGUUGGCUUUUUUUGGGGCUUUGAUUAGACUCAGCUCCUUGUCUACAUGUUGGAUUCCUUCUAAUUAUGGAGUUUCAUGUUUCCUAAUUAUUGUGGUAGGUUUAUCUGGGAGGAUAUUUUUCUCCUGGCCAACCUCUUUUGGCCCCAGUUCUAUCUACUUUUCUGAUUCUCAUUAUUUACUUAUGUGGGUUUGUUGCCACACAAAAUUGGGUUUGGUUUUUCUGAAGAUUUUGCAAUUGUUAAUUUGCAAUGUAGUUUCCAUUAAUAUUUUACCAAUUUCCUAGUUUAAUAAUUGGAGGCAGGAGGAGAAGGUGGAUGAGGUUGGCGGGAAAGAUGGGUUGAGUGUUUCUCGAUGGCUGAUCAGCUGAAACAUUUUCGAGAUCCUGCCAUUAAUACAAUUUUUAAAUGGUGGGUUUUAUUUGGUUCAGAGUUUUUUGAUGUCUCUUUUUUGUCUUUGCAGUUAAACUUAUCAAGUCCAUUCUUGUAUUGAGGAAUUAAAGCUCUGAAAUCCGACCGGGAAAGGGAAUACUUAAUGAAUUUGGGAAGAAAAAGAAGAAAACUCCUUGACUUGGAAUUUGAUACCAGCUUGAAAACUGCAUAGAGGUCUAGUGUAUUAGGAAAAAAAGGUGUAAGGAGACAGAUGGGAUGUUCUUCAUCGAAAUUAGAUGAUGAGGAAGCUGUCCAGCUCUGUAAAGAUAGAAAGAAAUUCAUCAAACAAGCAGUUGAACAGAGUUUGAGGUUUGCAGCAGGACAUAAUGCUUAUAUUGAGUCCAUGCGGAGAGUUUCAGCCGCUCUUCGAGAUUACAUUGAGGUCGAUGAACCGCGUGAAUUCUUGAUGGACUCAUUCACCACUCCACCACCUGUUGCAUCAAUUAAGAGACCGGCCUCAGGGUUUAUAACCAUUUCCCCAAAAUCAUUCUCAGUUUCUCCAUUGCAGUCUGGGCAAAAAUCCACACUUAGAGUAAAUUAUCUUAGGUCAGGUGGUAAUCCUUCUGUUUCUGUUGAGCAGAGACCACCUCAGUCUCCAGAAGCAGUUCGAAUGGAAACAUAUUCUCCUAUGUAUCAGCAUUAUGGAAUGGAUGGUUUCUUCUCAAUGCAGUCACCACCUGUGACUUCUUCAAUUUUCCAUUACUCCCCUGAUAAUAGACCAUCUUAUCCUCCUCCAUCCCCUCAAGUUUCUCAAUGGGAUUCUUUCUGGAACCCGUUCUCUUCAUUGGACUAUUAUGGCUAUCCAACAAGAACCAGUAUCGGCCAUUCAAGUCUGGAUGAUGAUAUUGCUGGGCUGAGACAAGUACGAGAAGAAGAAGGGAUCCCAGAACUAGAGGAGGAAUCUGAAUAUGAGGAAGUCGAUCAUAUGGUAGAUGUGGAAAGAGAGAGGCCUAAGGUUGAAAGGAACUUUGACAAAGACAAAGUUAUUGUUGAAGAUGUUGAUGAUGAUGAUGAUGAUGAUGAUGAUGACGACGAGGACGACGAUGAUGACAAUGACGAUGAUGAAACGGAGAAUGGAACAGACACUGACCAUGAACUUCAUGGAACAAAUUCCAAUUCUACUCAGAAAAUAAAAAUAUCAAAACUACAAAAUCCAGGUCGAGUCAUUCCCAAAGAAACUUCUGUUACUAAUGGUCAACCAAAUGAUGAGACACCUGGAUUCACUGUUUAUGUUAAUCGAAGGCCAACAAGCAUGGCUGAAGUUAUAAGAGAUCUUGAAGCUCAGUUCACGGCUGCUUGUGACUCCGCUGAUGAGGUUUCGAGCAUCCUUGAAGCCAGAAGAGCUCAAUAUGCAUCAGCAUCAAAUGAUCUAGCUGCACUGAAGAUGUUGAAUCCAGUAGCAUUGAUUCGAUCAGCUUCAUCGAGAUCAUCCUCAGCAAGAUUCUUAACAAAUUCGUCCACUUCUAAAGCUGCAAAUCAUGACAGCAGCAGUGACAUGUCUGAAGAAUCUAGCACAUUCUUACACGGUCACCAAUCAACUCUGGAUAGACUCUAUGCGUGGGAGAAAAAGCUCUACCAAGAAGUCAGGGAAGGGGAACGUACUCGUAGGGCAUAUGAAAAGAAGUGUUCACAGUUAAAGAGCCAGGAUGUUAAAGGAGUAGACCCUUCAACCGUUGGUAAAACAAGAGCAGCCAUAAGGGAUCUGCAUACUCAAAUAAAGGUUUCGAUACAUUCAGUUGAAGCAAUCUCAAAGCGAAUCGAGACAUUAAGGGAUGAAGAGCUGCAGCCUCAACUCAUAGACUUGGUACAAGGGUUGGCAAAAAUGUGGAAGGUGAUGGCCGAGUGCCACCAGAAACAGAAGCGCACGCUUGAUGAAGCCAAGAUUUUACUCGCUAAUAUGCCGUCAAGAAACUCGGGUAUGAAGAAAUACACUAUAAUGUCGCCAUCUGAACCGCACCAUCUAGCCCGUUCAGCAGCAAACCUUGAAAUGGAGCUCAGGAACUGGCGUGCCUGCUUUGAAUCGUGGGUCAAAUCACAGAGAUCCUACAUCCAUGCUCUUAGGGGAUGGCUCCUAAGGUGCGUCCGCAUGGAACCGGAGUUAUCAAGAUUACCAUUCUCCCCUCGACGGUCCUUAGGCGCACCUCCAAUUUUUGCUAUUUGCAUUCAUUGGUCCAGAUUCCUUGAUUCUGUCAGAGAGGCCCCUGUACUCGAGGGGCUAGAAUUUUUCUCUGCAGGCGUUGGUUCCUUAUAUGCACAACAACUGCGAGAAGAUAGUCGCCGGACAUCAGGCGGGUCGAGAAGGUUUAGAGGGGAAUCCAUUGGGAAUAUGGAGAUGGUGGAGGUUGGGCAGCUGGAGGAGGAAUUCAUGUCUGCUGAAAAAAUGGCUGAGGUUGCUAUAAGAGUUUUAUGUGCCGGCAUGUCUGUUGCUGUGAGCUCACUAACUGAAUUCGCUCUUAGCUCCGCAGAAGGAUAUGCAGAUUUGUUGAAGCAACCAGAGGGGAGAGGGCAUUAAGUUGCCUAAAAAUUCAUAAAAUGGUCUUCUAACAUAGUAAAUUUAUUCUGCUACACGUCUAGUAACUUUAGACUAGUGAGGAAUUUAAUGUAAAUUAUUAGUGCAACUUCUGUCCUAAGGAGAAGUGGCUAACAUCAUUUUGUCUACUCAUUGUAACCAUCAUUUGGUAGUUGCGAUUUUGGAAACUGUACCAGAAUGAUCUUAGGCAGCUAAAACAGUCUUUCUUGUGAUGCUCAAAUCACCAAAAUCUCAAUUGUCAUAUCUUAGAAGCUCUGAAAAUGGGUCCAACCUUUUCAUUCCUUUGCAUCACAUCGUGUUUGGAUAUGAGGAAACGAAUUUAUUUAUAUAUCAGAAAAUUUUACUUUUCUUACCCUACAAAUAGGGGUCGUCACAUUUAC